ACCCGAGUCUUGUGACUGGCGGGAGGGGGGGCGCGGAGGGGAAGCCCGCCCGCCGCCCGCCGGGAGCGGGACUCGCCUCUACGCCGUCCGGGUGUCCCCACGAGUCAGCGUCUGAGCCGGAGCCGGAGCCGGAGCCGGAGUCGGAGAGGGAGCCGAGCCGGGCGCGGUGGGCGCCGCCCGCCAUGGACCACAAGCCCCUGCUGCAGGACCGGCCGCCCACCUACAACCUGGAGGCCGGCCAGGGCGACUUCGCGUGCGGCCCGCAUGGCUACGGCGCCAUCCCCGCCGCGCCCCCGCCGCCGCCCUACCCCUACCUCGUCACAGGGAUACCUACCCACCACCCCAGGGUCUACAACAUCCACAGUCGAAAUGUCACCCGGUACCCUGCCAAUUCCAUCGUUGUCGUUGGCGGCUGCCCAGUCUGCAGAGUCGGGGUUCUGGAGGACUCCUUCACCUUCCUGGGCAUCUUAUUGGCCAUCGUCUUUUUCCCCUUUGGGUUCAUCUGCUGUUUUGCCUUGAGGAAGCGAAGAUGUCCCAACUGUGGAGCAAACUUUACCUAAAGGGAAGCGCACGCCCGGCUUCCCUCCAGCUGUCCUUCUAAUGUAAAUGUGUACAGCAGCUGUAUCUGAUUGAGCUUCAGGACUGUUUUGUAAGGGAGGUGGGACGGAUUGGGCAUGUGUGAGCUGGGUUCAGCGCACAGGGCACGGAGUGCGGACACGCGGCAGCACUGCUCCCAGGGUUAACGACAACUCAGAACAGCACUUUUAUUUUUUGCAGUCUUCAAUUUGAGAAAGGUGAGAAAUGGUUUUAAAUAAAUGAGAUUCAUACCAUU